UAACAUAAAAAGCUGAUGCUAAGUUUGGUGUUUUUGUGAAAAAUAAGAUUAAUUUCCAAAAGCCCUUAAGAAUUGUUAAUGUGACAUACAAAAAUUUGUACAUGCCGCACACACAAGCGCUUUAGAGACUUAGUACAUGUACAUGUGUAUGCAAGCGAGUGAAAAUUUCAAAGGCCAGUUUAAGAAAGGCGUGUGGUGCGUGUGUUGUAUGUAGAUGAAAGUGCAAUAUCGAUCAUUUACGCACUUUGUCAUACAGUCAAGCUCUCCAAAAAUUUUGUUGUUGCUUUAACCUUUGUCACCCGCUUACUAAAUAAUGCCGCUACUUGCCUAUAAGGAACAACGCAUUCUAAGUCCUCAACAACUGCGCAAGCUAAGCGAACAUAAAUACUCAUGCUUCAGCGCAAGUUUGCUAGAUCCAUUGCUCCAACCGUGGUGGAAUUGGUUGGUCGCCCAAACGCCACUUUGGCUAGCGCCCAAUCUUAUAACAAUCGUCGGUCUAAUACUCAACAUUGUGACAACGCUGAUAUUAAUUUGCUACAGUCCGAACGGAGUCGAGCCGCCACCACGUUGGACAUGCUUUCUCUGUGCUCUUGGGCUCUUUGUCUAUCAGAGUUUAGACUCUAUAGACGGCAAGCAGGCGCGGCGCACCAACACUUCGUCACCGCUAGGUGAGCUCUUCGAUCAUGGCUGUGACUCCAUAUCAACUAUAUUUGUGGCUCUUUCGGCGUGUAUAUCCUGCCAGCUAGGCCACUACCCGAACUGGCUGUUUUUUCAGUGCUUCUGUGCGAUAGCAUUAUUCUAUUGUGCCCACUGGCAAACUUAUGUGUCUGGAACGAUGCGAUUUGGACGCAUCGACGUGACUGAAGCACAAUUUUCGAUUAUUGCCAUACACUUAGUUUCCGCUAUUUUAGGGCCGGAGAUUUGGUUGACCAAGAUUCCUAUCGUGGGAGUUUCGUGGAAUUAUACCAUAUUAGUAUUUAUCACUUUCGGUUAUACCUUGAAUAUAAUCAAUUUUCAAAAAAUGUUUAUUGAAGGCGGCAGUGGCAAAAACGGCUCAUCAGUUGCUAUGCCUUAUCUCGAGUGUGAAACACGCAGCUUGCCGUUUUAUAUGGCCAGUGGAAUUGACUUGAGUUUAGCAUUACGUUACUCGAAAUCAAUUUUGAACGAAGGCUGUGGAAAGAAUGGAUCAUCCGUUGCAGGUACCAGUGUAUUAUCGCCUAGUAUACCACUUACUCUAGUGGUCCUACCGGCGCUCAUGAUUGCCCAAAAGUCCCCGGACAAUAUUUUUACGGAGCACGCUUCUGUUUUUAUUCUGGCCUUUGGCAUGGUGGCGGCAAAAAUUACGAAUAAACUAGUGAUUGCCCACAUGACGAAAGCUGAGAUGGAGUAUUUGGACUGGUCAUUACUUGGCCCAGCAUUAUUGUUCCUCAAUCAGUACUUUAAUUGUAUUGUGCCAGAGAUUUGGUUGCUUUGGUUUACGCUAGCCUGGGGCACUCAGGAUUUACUACGUUACUGUGCGCAGGUUUGUUUAGAGAUUUGCCAGCAUCUACGGAUCGACCUGUUUAGAAUACCGUAUAGCGCCAAGGUCUCGAGCACCUCGUCGGUGGGCAGCCAGAUCAAUUUCGGAGUGGAUAAGAAUGGAAGCACAUCACACCGAAAGUCUAAAAGCAAACUGCACUAACUGUAUGCUGCAUCCAUUUCAUUAAAAUUCCUAAGAAAGUUUCAAAUAU